CAGAUUUUUUAAAAGAAAAAUGGCGGAUAUGAAUUCUGGAAAGCAAUCGGAAAGGUUUGUAUCUUUUUAGUUAAUAACGUUACUGAAAGUUUUUCUGAAGUUCACUGCUUUGCUGUGAAGAAUUGGGUGGAAUUAACGUGCUAUCUCAGUGGGUCAUAUUGAGUUUUCCAUCAAAGGACUGGAGGAGCUUGCUAACGUUAACCUCCGUCACUGCCCGGCUAACGUUAGCUACUAACGUUAGCUAGCUAACACCGGCAAUAAUACGCCUAUUUUAAAGUUGUCCUAGUGAUAUCCACGUUGAUAGACAGCUAACUAGCCAUUUGAACAUAAACAAUGCUCACGUGGUUGUGUUGAUCUUUCUCUACCUCUUUUUCUAUUGAUGUCAUCAGCAGCUGCGACAGCUCUGCUGAACACAAGAAGAAGGUAAGACACUCAACAGCUGAUUGUGUUGUGGUCUAGGCGUUUUUGGUUGCACAUAAGGGCCACUAUAAUAUUCAUAACCUUAAUAAAAUGGUAGCAAGCUGAUGAAGUUAGCAUACCACUGACGAUAACAUACGAAUGAUCUAAAAGCCCACUCUCAUUUUGUCUGUUGAUCAAGGUCCACCAAGAAGAAAACCCUCAGCAAGGACUCAAAAGACUUUGCCCUGGGAGUCCAAGCCCAGCAGCUCCUCACCCCAAAUCUCCCCACAGACACACUCCUGCCUCCACCACCACCAAUACCCAGAUGUCAGAAACAACAGAGGUACAGAUGGAGCCAGCUCUGGAGCUGUGUUCUGGAGGAGAGGGGCAGGGAAGGGACCCUGAGGGGGUGUGUUAUAACAGAGGGUCGAUCGUUGAGCCCCAGCAGAACGCGAAGGAAAUCCUGGAGGAGGUCAACCAGGGGCCGACGCUCUCUCCCUGCCCUCCCCAACACCAACCAGAGUGAGACCCGAAACCCGUAUUUUUCAAUAUCUUAAACAUUGGUUGUGGUGUCUGGGAUGGGUGACAUUCUAGCCAGAGCGUCCGGUCGGAUAGAGAGUAUUGUUUACUUACGUUUUGAGACGUUAAACAUAUACUCAUUCCGAGCUAUGGCUAGAGUCAGCCACCUAUCCCAGGUUGACCCUAAACAACAGUGAAUGGCAGUAAGGGAAGGAGGCACAAUUAGGGCUAAGUGAUUUACAAAAUGUUCUCUUGUAACCUGUAAACGCCAAGCUUCUGUCUAAAUGGCCUCUCAUCCAGCUCUAUGCAGGUCAAUCAGCCAAUCCCUACCAGAGGAGGAGAGGCUGGAGAAACUGAUGGAGGCCUCUAUGAGGGUACGUUUAAGUGAUUAGAAUUCACUAGGGGUGUGUGUUUUGAAGGUCAGGUUAACUUCAACCUGUAGGUUAUUUCAACAUCUAUGUGAUCCUGGCUGACAAUUUAGCUGACUUUCUGUGUGUCCCAUCCACUCCUCUUUGUCUCCAGCUGGCAGUCGAGAAGUUACAAGACUCACUGAGCACGACACCCAACGCCAGUUUAGAGUCACUUCAGACACAAGGUUGGUAGGAUCCUUGUACGUCUAUCAAAUAAGUAGGGGUUUUGGAUUGUAACAUCCGGCAAAAAAACAACCAAUGUUUACCUCUGCCCCCUACUGGUUCGGUGUUGUAUUUUUUUAAUGGAGCUCAAGCUGUGUGCAGUGCACUAGGCAUAAGUGUUGUCUGAUAGUGUUAACAUAAUUCGUUACUACCGUUCUCUUCCCUGUUUCAGUGGAGGCUGUACAGAAGGGGUGGUGUUGCCUUGCCAAAGACCUACGCAGUGAGCCUCCGUGUCAGCAACCUCCCACUAGCACAGCCAGGUAAUGCUGUCUCUAGUCACAGCCCUCAACCUCAUUUUGUUCACUGACUUAACACGCGUCCGUAAACAAACAUACUUAGCUUUUUCCUGAACAGUCUAUUUUGCCCUUUCUAUUCCAGCACUGACUUUUUCCUCACCCUUUAAUAUGGGACGAUACCAGUAUCGCGAUACUCGUCAGUAUCAUGGCAAGGAAACAAAACCCGAAGCGGAUUCAACUUCUUUAGGAAAACAACCCUAAUGUUGGAAACAAGCAGCAUCAUGUUGUCAUCCAGAGUUACAUGUUUCCCCCAAGCUACAGCACAUAAUAUUUCACAUACAGCAGGUUUUUAAAGGACCAAAGAGUUUGGCAUGAUUCAUGUUUUCAUUUUUGCAAUGGAAAAAUAUUGCGAUACUGGUAUCGGCACAGCCCUAGAGAAAAAGGGCUGUCAUUCUUCUGUAUGGUCCUUUAUUUCUAGUUCAGCCCUUUCUGUAUUCAUUCAGUCAUCAGUUAUGGCUUCCUUUUUGACUGUCUCUCUUUCUCGCUAGUGACAUUGCAAUGCAGAAUACCAUGGAGCAGACCAGGAAGGCUAUACACAGGUAACUGACUUCCCCGUCAGUGUGUGUGUGUGUGUGUGUGUGUGUGUGUGUGUGUGUGCAAUGAAUAAAGAUUGUAUAUUUUUAUCCCGCCUGUGUGAUUCAGGCUGCAGGCUGAGAGUGCAUCUUGGGAGUCCCUGUUAGACAAGCACCGGAGUAAAGCUGAAGAAUUGGCCAGGUGAGCACAUUCACACACAUACAAAUUACAUGCACUCGCCCACUCUCGUUCCGCACUCGCCCACUCUCGUUCCGCACUCGCCCACUCUCGUUCCGCACUCGCCCACUCUCGUUCCGCACUCGCCCACUCUCGUUCCGCACUCGCCCACUCUCGUUCCGCACUCCCCAUGCUCCAAGUUUCAGGUUGUCAAUAAAGUGAUUUUUCUUCUCAUAUGCCUGGUGCUCCAGUCCUAUUUGGGCUUUAGCCAAGAACUGUGUUUGUUCAUUGUACAGUAUGGCAUGGUAACGAUACAAGAGUUGGCUACAGCCCAUUUUAGGACCAUGGUUUUUGCCUAGUGUAACUGUGUCAGUAUAUCUUCUCUUUCCCUUUACAGGCGAGUGGAGCAGGGCCAGGAGAAGGGGGUGACGUUAGACCCUAGCUGCCUGGCCCAGUCCUCACAGAGCCAGCUCAUCCAGAACAAACCUGAUUACCACAGCCUGCUCUGCAGACAGCAGCCCAUACUGUCCACCAUGGACAUGGUGGUAAGACGGACAAACUAGUAUUAAACUACUUGGGAACGGUUUCUUGGACACAGAUUUGGCCUAGUCCUUGACUAAAAAGCAAGCUCAAUGGAGAAUCUCUGUUGAAAUAAUUUUUGCAGUCCAGGAUUUGGCUUUAUGUGUCCAGGAAAAAGCCCUGUGGUGUUUAUGAAAAUAUUAUAUUGGGCAUAUCUUAACUUCCAUUUAAGUCACAUUUUCACUUAGUCAAACAUUUAUGUCAGUGGGAACCUACAAGUAAUUGAACAUUUGAAGAUUCACCCCAUCAGUGUCAUGUCCCAUGCUCAGAAAGUAAAAGAUGGUAGCUGCAGUGCAAGAAAUAAUUGGACAGCUAAUGUGUCUGUGAACAGUGUCCAUACUUGCCUUUAGGGUAAAGCAAUUCAUUUUUCUAAAUUUUUAUCACACCCUUUAUGUAUCUAACAUAAAACGUCCAUUAAUAGCCCGAGCUAGGGCUGGGCGGUAUACUGUAUUUGUCUAUAUACUGGUAUUUAUGCACGGACUGGUUUGGGUCUUUAGCUUACAUUUGUAUAACAGUAUUUAAAUGUUGGGUUUGUUUAAAAGUUACUCUACUCCGGCGUGUUUAAUGUCCGUUUUUAUAGUUUACUCCGUUUUCUACUUGAGUCUUCUCUCUCCUUCCACACACACCCAGCCCAUUGUCACUCAAGGAGAGCAGUUUUUGCUCUACCGCGUGUCACAAGUUCAAAUACUAGCCGUUCACUCGCAGUGACAGUCUGCAUGGUCAACACUGCAGGUGCAACAAGAUGUUGGUGACAACGAUGCUGCUUUCCACUUUGCUUCUUAAUAUAAAUCAACAAGCGUUCUAUAAUUACACUAUUAGUUGCUGUAUCUUAGUGUCUGCAAACAGCUAGUUUGGCUUUUUUUUUAGCGAGUUGUGGCGAAAAUAAAUCGUGUUAGUCGCUGAUGCUAAUCAGCUGGCAAGCUAGCCAGCUAGCUAAACGUAGCUAGCUAAUACAGCCUGAUACCAGUGAUGGUGUAGGCCUAGAUCAACAUGUUGUUUGUAGAACCGUAUCUUCUAAAUCAGAGAGGAAUAGGCAACACAUUAAUAUUUUAGCUACAUCAAGUAAAAAAGCUAAUUAGGGUCCACUGGGAAACACUGACAAACAAAUAAUAAUAAUAUGCCAUUUAGCAGACGCUUUUAUCCAAAGCGACUUACAGUCAUGCGUGCAUACAUUUUUUUUUUGUGUGAACAGUAUAUUUUUGAUUGAACAGUAUAAAACAAUCAGAAUGGAGAAAGCCCCAUUAAAACACUUAGAAUGUAUGUGUUGCUAGAGUCAUGCACUACUCAUAAAGCAUGUUUAGAAAUUGUAUUAUUCAAAAACCUAAAAUACAAUAAAACAAUUUUUAAAUAGUGUAUGAUAUUUUGGCCAUAUCGCCCAGCCAUAGCCCGAGCGUUUAUUUGCCUCAACCACGAAGAGGCCCUGGCUGUUGUUGAAGAUGGGCACAUAUCGAAGGCCGGCGUUUUAUUACUGUUCAAGUUGUGAAACGCUCACAUCACCCUCUUAAAAUGUGGUUUGCUAGCUCUACAUGUAAUUAAAAAAUGGCUAUGUUCCUCCAUAGAUGGACACCCAGUGUAAGAUGGUCAGGGAGCUGCUGUCCAUACAGGAACAGUCUCAGCUACUGGUGAAGGAGACAAGCAGGAGAUUGGGUAAGGACAUAUCUUACUGGAUGGAUGGGUGUAGUGGUUCUCAGGGUCGUGUUCAGUAGGGCAGAACGUAGCAGAACGUUUGCAACAGGAAAUUAAAAUCUGUUUAGAUUUAGGUAGUACCUUCCCCUUUCAUUCUGUUUCAAAGCGUUUUCUCCCUGCUGAACACUAUUUUCUUAUAUUAAAGCCCCCAUGCACUCUUUAUUUUUAUUUUUAAAUCAUCACAGUGAAUUAUUUAAAUCCCAUAGCCCAGACUGGGCUGUUGAAAUGCUCAAUCUGAUCGUGUGGGUGUAAGGAAGCAAAUUUGAAGAUAUUUACAUACACAGCCCUGAUAGGAUGGUUUAAAGCCCACCCCCUUACCCAGAUGAACAGUCAUUGGUCUGUUAUAAGCAGAUCACCUUGUGAAGUCAUGAUGUGGGCCAAAAGUUCCAUCCCACCUGAACGGGCUGAAAUUCCUGGCUUUUCAAACAGCUCUUACAAGAAGGGUGUUAUCAUAAUUUUAACAAUUUCAGUGUUAUUUUGACCUCAUAGUGGAAAUAUUGAAAAACAGGAAAAUCAUGUUAAUUGUGUUUGAGUAUAUUAUCUUUGUUGUGUUUUAAAGUGUAUUUGGAAAGUAUUCAGACCCACAUUUUGUUACGUUAGUCUUAUUCUAAAAAGUAUAUUUACACACAAUACCCCAUAAUGACAAAGCGAAAACAGGAUUUUUGAAAUUGUAUUCAAAUUGAAAAACAAAUAUCUGAUUUACAUUAUUCAGACCCUUUGCUAUGAGACUCGAAAUUUAGCUCAGGUUCAUCCUGUUUCCAUUGAUCAUCCUUGAGAUGUUUCUACAACUUGAUUGGAGUCCACCUGUGGUAAAUUCAAUUGAUUGGACAUGAUUUGGAAAGGCACACACCUGUCUAUAUAAAGGUCCCACAGUUGACAGUGCAGGUCAGAGCAAAAACUAAGCCAUGAGAUCGAAGGAAUUGUCCGUAGAGCUCCGAUACAGGAUUGUGUCGAGGCACAGAUCUGGGAAAUGGUACCAAAACCUUUCUGCAGUAUUGAAGGUCCCCAAGAACACAGUGGCCUCCAUCAUUCUUAAAUGGAAGAAGUUUGGAACCACCAAGACUCUUCCUAGAGCUGGCAGCCCAGGCAAACUGAGCAAUCGGGGGAGAAGGGCCUUGUCAGGGAGGUGACCAAGAACCAUAUGGUCACUCUGACAGAGCUCCAGAGUUCCUCUGUGGAGAUGGGAGAACCUUCCAGAAGGACAACCAUCUCUGCAGCACCACCAAUCAGGCCUUUAUGGUAGUGGCCAGACGGAAAAGGCAUAUGACAGCCCGCUUUGAGUUUGCCAAAAGGCACCUAAAGACUCUUAGACCAUGAGAAACAAGAUUCUCUGGUCUGAUGAAACCAAGAUUGAACUCUUUGGCCUGAAUGCCAAGCGUCAUGUCUGGAGGAAACCUGGCACCAUCCCUACGGUGAAGCGUGGUGGCAGCAUCAUGCUGUGGGGAUGUUUUUCAGCGGCAGGGACUGGGAGACUAGUCAGGAUCGAGGGAAACAUGAACGAAGCAAAGUACAGAGAGAUCCUUGAUGAAAACCUGCUCCAGAGCACUCAGGACCUCAGACCGGGGCGAAGGUACACCUUCCAACAGGAUAACGACCCUAAGCACAUAGCCAAGACAACGCAGGAGUGGCUUCGGGACAAGUCUCUGAAUGUCCUUGAGUGGCCCAGCCAGAGCCCGGACUUGAACCUGAUCUAACAUCUCUGGAGAGACCUGAAAAUAGCUGUGCAGCGACGCUCCCCAUCCAACCUGACAGAGCUUGAGAGGAUCUGCAGAGAAGAAUGGGAGAAACUCCCCUACUACAUAUGUGCCAAGUUUGUAGCGUCAUACCCAAGAAGACUUGAGGCUGUAAUCACUGCCAAACGUGCUUCAACAAAGUACUGAGUAAAGGGUCUGAAUACUUAUGUUAAUGUGAUUUCAUUUCAUUUCAUUUAUUUUUAUAAAUGUGCAAAAAUGUCUCAACCUGUUUUUGCUUUGUCAUUAUGGGGUAUUGUGUAGAUUGAUGAGGGGGGGAAAAACAAUUUAAUCAAUUUUAGAAUAAGGCUGUAACAUAACAAUGUGGGCUCUGCACUGUAUUUGUUAUGAUCAUGUAUUAAGUGUCUACAUCCUAUGAUAUCUCCUCCCAUCAGCGGCUGAUGGGGGAUUCCAGGAUCUCCCUCUGACCCGGUCAGGGAUCUACUGGCAGGACCCCUAUCCUCUGUAUCAACCAACGCAUCAUCCACCGUAUCAUCCUAGUACCUCUUUCUUAGGGUUGUCACAAUUCAGUGUCAGGAUACUACCAUACUUGAUUUUUCAUGGCAAAAAAGAAAAAACGAAUCAGACUGAAUUCUGGCUUUGUACAAGCAGGACAAAACACACAUUUUAAUAGCACAGAUUGUAUUGUUACCUUUGGUCUCGUCCAGGUUCGCUCAAUUAAUGACCAAUAGGAGAAAGAUCAGUCUGGUUUUUUCUUGGGUGUCUCCGGUAUUGAUGUCAUGUCUUAACUCUGUAUCCAUGGCUCCCUGACUUAGCUGUUCUCUGUGGUGCCUUGUGUGGUUGUGUUUGUAAAUAAUAGUCUGGUAUCUUCCUUCAUGGGAUAAAUGUGGAUUAUUUCUGCCAUAACUUUCUAUCUAUUCUAAUUAUAUUCCACCACUAUACUAUGGGGUCCUCCCAAAUGGCACCCUAUUCCU